UCCAAAACUUAUAGUUUCAGAACGCAAAGUACUUGCUGUAUCGAUUCAUCGCAGCUGCUUUCGUGUUUAUAAUACGCCCAAUUUGUCUUACUUCCCUUCUAUUUACUAAGAAAAUUAAUUCACACAACAUGAGUAGUACAGGGGAGCAGUUAACCUUAGCCAGAGACAUAAAACGAGCCAUCGAAUUGCUCGAAAAACUUCAACAAAGUGGUGAAGUUCCUGCUACAAAGCUAGCAGCGCUGCAGAAAGUGCUUCAAAGUGAUUUCUUAAACGCUGUUCGUGAGGUGUAUGAGCACGUUUACGAGACCGUUGAUAUCCAAGGGUCAGCGGACAUCAGAGCCUCUGCUACGGCCAAGGCCACAGUGGCCGCAUUUGCAGCUGCUGAAGGUCAUGCACAUCCAAGGGUUGUCGAACUACCAAAGACAGAAGAAGGUCUAGGCUUCAACGUUAUGGGUGGAAAAGAACAGAACUCCCCCAUUUACAUAUCGCGUAUAAUUCCUGGCGGCGUUGCUGAUCGCCAUGGCGGUCUGAAAAGAGGCGAUCAGUUAUUAUCAGUCAAUGGAGUGUCAGUAGAGGGUGAAAACCAUGAAAAGGCUGUAGAAUUACUGAAGCAAGCUGUUGGUUCUGUGAAACUGGUUGUGAGAUACACUCCCAAAGUCUUAGAAGAGAUGGAAAUGAGGUUUGACAAGCAGAGGACUGCUAGGCGACGCACCAACUACAACUAAAUAAAAACAUGACCAGGUAUUGGAGUAGAUACAAAAUAUUUACUUGAACUCAAAGGAAUCAAGUAAAUUCUCAUAUACAGAAGUUUUAAUAUAUUUAAUUUCCUGACAGUUAUAGGAAAAUUCUAUCUAUCUAUUCUGAUCUCUGGAAAUGAGUCAAACAAUCUUAUGUUACAUAGUCAAGAUUUGAUCAAUAAAUUGUUUGGGAUAUGUUUUGACCAUGGUGGCAUUAAAUCAUUUGACAUGAAUGAUUGAUUAUGAGAGCGCCUUAACUUUAAUGACUAGACUAUCUUUAUGUCUGAAUGCUAUGAUAUAGUUUUUAAUUUAAUCUUAUUAAUUAUAUGGGUUUUUAUUUGAAAUUGUGAUUUAUUAUAACUAAUUCUCUAUCUUAUCUUAAAUUUUGAAGCACUAGAGGCAUUUUAGGAUGCACACCCCUUGAUAUAAAAAAAAAAAUUAGGCCAGAGUUAGGUAAGGACAUAGACAUAAUAUUAGUAAACAGGACUGCGCAUAUAAACCCAAAAAACGAGCCGAGUGAAACAGUUAGUACAGAGGCUGUCUGUCCCUUUCUAAUAGGGUGACUAUGAGAUUAAGCUAUGUGAGACAAAUCCGAAUUUGCUAAGAUUAUUAAACGCAGAUUGGUAUUGAAGUUUUAACUUACGCAGUUUGUGACUAAUAAUUAAAAGCCUUUAUAAGUGUCUUAAGGUCCCCGCUAAUUAUAAUUAGCGGGAAUUAGCAGUAUAAAAGCAGGAAGUUUUUUUUUUUAUUUCUACUUCAUAUAUAGACUGUUGAGCCAUUUAUGUCGCCUUUCUUCAUUUUUUGGGAAGCUAUAACAAUAGUACAACAGUUUUAAAAUCCAUCACCCAUAUUUUCACUCAUUACAAGAAUUCAUGGGCACCCUAGUUGUUUGGUUUACGAAAAUGUUAUUAUUAGCUAACCUGUGGAACGAUAUAUUGCAACCACCAUAGGAUUCACUUUUACAAGUAUAAACGCAACACUUUUUCACCAUUUAAGUAGUUUAAAUUGAUUUAAUACAAAAAAUAUGAACAAAAUUUUAAAUGCUGUAAUCGCGCCAAGAAUGUUCAGGGUUACCGCUAGAAAAUAAAAAAAAGCAAAAUAAAAAAUUAUGUUGUUUAUUUUUUAAUAAUAAAUACGAAUAAAUUAAUGCGAUUGUUAUUAAUUUGUUGACUUACAAUUGUUAAAAUAAGAUACAAAUUUUAUGUGAUUCAAUUGUUUUUUGGGAAGACAAAACUUUUGACAUAGACAUAAUAUUAGUAAACAGGACUGCGCAUAUAAACCCAAAAAACGAGCCGAGUGAAACAGUUAGUACGGAGGCUGUCUGUCCCUUUCUAAUAGGGUGACUAUGAGAUUAAGCUAUGUGAGACAAAUCCGAAUUUGCUAAGAUCAUUAAACACAGAUUAGUAUUGAAGUUUUAACUUACGCAGUUUGUGACCUUAAGAUACUAAUAAAGGCUUUUAAUAAUUAGAGGAAAUUAGCAGUAUAAAAGCAGGAAGAUUCGAAGUGAAGACUGUUUUUUUUGUAUUUCUACUUCAUAUAUAGAAUGCUGAGCCAUUUAUGUCGCCUUUCUUCAUUUUUUGGGAAGCUAUAACAAUAGUACAACAGUUUUAAAAUCCAUCACCCAUAUUUUGACUCGUUACAAGAAUUCAUAGGCACCCUAGUUGUUUGGUUUACGAAAAUGUUAUUAUUAGCUAACCUGUGGAACGAUAUAUUGCAACCACCAUAGGAUUCACUUUUGCAAGUAGAAACGCAACACUUUUUCACCAUUUUAAUAGUUUAAAUUGAUUUAAUACAAAAAAAUAUAAACAAAAUUUUAAAUGCUGAUUACGCGCCAAGAAUGUUCAGGGUUACCGCUAGAAAAUAAAAAAAAAGCAAAAUAAAAAUUUAUGUUGUUUAUGUUUUAAUAAUAAAUACGAAUAAAUUAAUGCGAUUGUUAUUAAUUUGUUGACUUACAAUUGUUAAAAUAAGAUAAAAAUAUAAAUGAUUCAAUUGUUUUUUUGGGAAGACAAAACUUUUGAUCACAACAUUUUUUUAUGCUGGCAAGGUGUUAGAAAGAGACAAACAGCCUCCGUUCGAACUAUCCCACUCGGCUCGGAUUUGCCUCUGUGUAUUAUGCAACCAAUUUAGUACCUUAUUGCGUAAGAAUAGAGUUCAUUUUCGUAAAUAUAUGUUUUGAGCGUGCGCAAUCUUGUUUAGUAAUAUUAUAUCUAUGACUUUUGAUCACAAUAUUUUUUUAUGCUGGCAAGGUGUUAGAAAGAGACAAACAGCCUCCGUUCGAACUAUCCCUCUCGGCUCGGAUUUGCAACCAAUUUAGUACCUUAUUGCGUUAGAAUAGAGUUCAUUUUCGUAAAUAUAUAUUUUGAGCGUGCGCAAUCUUGUUUAGUAAUAUUAUAUCUAUGGGUAAGGAGUACCUUUUUCAAUGUAAUUUUUCCCAAAUCUUCAUUGUACAAGAUGUAGAGCUAUUUCAAUACCUAUGCAAAAUUAUUGCUUGUCCUGUGCUAUUUUUUAAACUAUGCAUAGCUUUAAAAAAAAACUGAAAAUUGUUAUUAUGUUAACUAAUCAAUGUUUAUUUUUUAGUGAUAAAAACUUUUUAAGCUUUCUCUCAAACCUCUACUGUUGACAUAUGAUAUUAUGAUAUGACAUUGUGAGUGAAUACCAAGUUCAUGAAAGUUAAACAUUAAAAUAUUGAAGAGGCUGUCUCAACUGAUCUUAGCUGGAAGGACAUCAAACCUGCUGUUAAGUUUGAAGUACAUAUUGGAAAGCAUUCUGCAAAAUCCUUUGUUUAAUAUCAUCAUCACAAAAUAUUGUAUUUAUCUAUUUACAUAAAUAUUUACAAGGACAGCUCUAGCACACUAGUGUUUUGUUUCACAAAUGCAUUUGAAAUCUAUUAAAUACAUAACAUUAUAGCUUUGAACAUAAGAAGCUGCUUUAUGUUACCUUGUUAUACUCAUAUAUUAUUAUAUUUAAAAGAUUUAAGGGGUAAAUAAAUAUACAAUACAAAAUAAUUGCACCUUAUUAGUAUUGUGUUUGUUAACUAAUAUAAAGAUAAAUACAUUGGGUAUUUAAAUAAUUUAAUUAAUAUUAAAAACAUUUUAUAGUACUUAAUUGAUGAAUUUAUAUUAUAAAUGAAAAAUGUGUAAUGGUAAAAGAAUUGUUAUGAAUUUAUUUAAAAGUUGUCAGUAUUUUAGGAGGAAUAAAUAAAACUUAAUGAUAUAGUA